AUGCCCCACAUCGCUGAUUCCGAUUCCCUUCCCACAGAAAACGAUAAUGUCAUCAAGCAUCCGUUUGAUGGAGAGAGAGGUGCUGAAGAAACACUGCUAGUUGGGCCAGACGGUAUUGAUUCCACGAUUUCCUGCGAAUCAGCCUCAAGAGAAUCGACCCCAAACUCUAUGAGCGAAGAAGUUCCGUUCCCUACCAACCUACUCAGUGCUCCCGAGCCUUUGGCUGCUCUUGAAUCCAUUGAACCCAGAGGACAAAUCGAUAGGAAAAGUGUUACUCAACCGAAAAAGCCAAAAAAGAAAGAUUCUCAAGACCCAGGAAAGCCGAAUCCAUCUAACCCGAAGGCACCUAAACCAGCACCUGCUGACCCAGGGAAGAAAGAUCGAAAAUAG